AUGGCAGGGUACGGCAGCCACAGCCAGCUGCAGAUCGCCGCGGCCCUUUUCUGCAGCUUGGUUCUGGCCACUUGGGCAGCGGCGGAGGCAUCCUCCUACUUGCGGCAGCAUCCGACGGCGGAAGGGUACGAUGUCGCAGCUCAGAACGAUCCAUGCGAGCCCCCGGCAGAACGUGUCGGAGUGGCAGACGCUGACCAGAUCAACGCCGGAGACGAGAAAGAUGUGGAGCAGGCCAACCUCGAGGAGGCCUCCAUGGCGAAGGGUCUUCCCGACCAGGACCUUCUUCCGGUCUGGUUGAGGAGUCACCAGUCGGUCCUACGAGCCGGGGCCGAAAUGUCU